GACUUUCAACGCGGAAGUUCGUACGUAAACAAACAAAAACAGACCAGAGAGACCCAAGGCAGUGUGAUUAUAGCAAAUUAUGGAUGGGGAGCGUCGGAGCCACUUUUCCCUCCACACCCGCGGGGUUAGAGCUGUGUGAGAGAUGAUUUGGACGCUUUGGUUUCCCGUGUGCGCAGUGUUUUGGUGUUAGCUCUUCUGUUAGCAUUUUAGCAUUUUAGCUUUGACUUCUGAUUAUUCUUCUGACUGAACAUGGAGCAGACGAACAGUGUCAACGCGGAUCCUGACCCCACCUCUGAAAGCUGCACCAAAAGGAGAAACUGGACAGGGUUUUGGGUGCUGGGACUGUGUAACAAUUUUGCGUAUGUGGUCAUGCUAAGCACCGCGCACGACAUUCUGAAGAAGCAAGAGAACCAGAAUUCCACUGCAUUUGCCACAGUCACUUCUACACUUGACCUCCAGGCUGGGAACAGCAGUAACACCAGCAUUUAUGACUGCAACCCCACCUCCACUGCGGCUGUGCUCCUGGCUGACAUCCUCCCAACUCUAUUCAUCAAGAUGUUUGCUCCAUUUGUCAUCCACAAAUUCCCAUAUGGGUUUCGAAUCCUGUUCUGUGGGUUGACAGCUGCUGCUAGUUUCCUGGUGGUGUCCUUCUCCUCUACUCUUUGGAUGAGCUUCCUGGGUGUGAUUCUGGCCAGUAUCAGCUCAGGACUUGGAGAGCUGUCUUUCCUCGCACUCACCGUCUACUACAGCAGGGAUGUGGUGGGGGGCUGGGGCUCGGGAACUGGGGCAGCCGGAGUGACGGGGGCUCUGAUGUACUCUGGUCUCACUCAGCUGGGCCUAACACCACGGCUCACACUACUCAUCAUGCUCAUCAUACCAGCAGCCAUGGUACUCAAUUACUUCUUCCUGCUCGUGCACCCCCCCUCCCUGCCCCAGUGGAGGACAAAGGACCCCCGGUGCACAGUUCUGUGUUCAGAGGAGACACAGGGGCUAAUGGCUGAAGAAGAGGAUGAGGACAAAUCCUCACCAAGAACAGGUGUCAGGGCGAGAGGACCUCUGACCUGCACUGAGAAGGUCCAGGUGAUGAAGGGACUGUUGAAGUUUGUGCUGCCUCUGGGGCUGGUCUACUUUGCAGAGUAUUUCAUAAACCAGGGAUUGAUGGAGCUGCUAUAUUUUCCUGACUUUUUCCUCUCUCAUGCUGAACAAUAUCGCUGGUACCAGACCCUGUACCAGGUCGGAGUGUUCAUUUCACGCUCCUCUCUGUGCUGCUUUAAAGUUCGCAAACUCUGGGUCUUUGCUGCACUGCAGUUUCUAAACACUGUUCUGCUGAUGUUUGCGGUUUGGUUCCGGUUCAUGCCCUCCGCCUGGAUAGUCUUUGUCAUUAUCCUGUAUGAGGGUCUUCUGGGAGGGGGCGCUUAUGUCAACACAUUCUACUUUAUCAGCAAAGAGACGGAGGAGCGCCACCGCGAGUUUGCCAUGGCUUUAGCCUCUGUAGGAGAUACUAUGGGAAUCUGUCUGUCCACUGCGCUGUCCUUCCCUGUCCACAACUACUUCUGCACUUUCUGAUCUGAAGUACAACUACUUCUACUGUCUCUGACCUGGUCCAAAUAUACUUUUAUCUUCUUUGACUUGGCCUACAAGUAUUUUUACUCUUUCUGACCUGGUGUACAAAUACUUCUACUGUGUUUGGCCUGGUGUACAAGUACUUCUGCGCUCUUACUUGGUCCACAAGUACUGACUUGGUCUACAAAUACUUCGCUCUCUUUAACCUUGUCUCUGUCUUUGACCUGGUGUACAAGUAGACCUGCUCAGAGAGAGUGGAAGUACAACUUUUUCUGACUGGUCUACAAGUGUUUUUACUGUCUCUGACCUAGUGUACAAGCACUUCUAUUUAAGUACUUCUGCUCCUUCUAAUCAAGUACUUGAACACACCACGACAAUAUAAGGGAGGAGGUUAGACACUUUAACUGACCAAACUGACAAUGGACUUAGAAACAACACUGUACAGCUGACUAUUAUACUACUGUAUUAUUAUGUAUAUUUUUAUGCAGAUGAUAUUUGUAUUUUUAGUUGGUACGAAUAUAAUAUUACUUAUUUAGUGUUGGGGUGGGGCCUAAAAGGUUAUUAUAAUGACCAGUGCCUUCAUAUUUAUUUUUAUUUAAAAUGCCCAAGAUCAUGUCCAAAACAUUACAUAUUUACAUAUCAUAACAUAUUUAGUAUUCUGAAUGAUCCUAUUUAGAUUUUAUAAUAACCACACCCAUUUAAAAUUAAGUUUAACAAUAACUCCAGCAAAUAAUUAGAAAAUAAUGCAAUGUGUGUGUCACUUUUGAUGCAUUCUUAUCCUAAUUUUUACAGUUUUAAAUUGUAUUUUUAAACUAAUGUGUGAUGAAGGUCCAAAGUGCCGUAACUGUGAAUUAUUUGCUUUAAAUCUAAAUCGUGUAAAUGUGCUGCUACUAUUAUAUUUUCUAUCUGUUAGAAUUCACACCAUUAGCUCAUCUUCAACUGUGUUUUUUAUUUUUUUUAAAAUAAAUCCUACUUGAUUUAUAAUGAUUUUUGCGCUGUAAGC